AUGUCGAGCACAUCUGCACUGGUCCAAGUGAUGCGGCGUGCCGCAAAGAUACUGCCACCUAUCAACACGGCCGGUUUCGGCGAAUCAUUCGACUGGUUGGGCCAAUAUCAGGUGGUUCUGCUGGGCGAUGCCAGCCACGGCACGUCAGAGUUCUAUGCCGCUCGCGCAGAAAUCACAAAGCGGCUCAUCAAAGAACAUGGGUUCCAGUGUGUAGCGCUGGAGGCGGAUUGGCCCGACGCAGAGGCAAUGGAUCAUUACGUGCGACGGUGGCCUGGCCAACAUCCUGACCCGGUGAAAGAGGCCAGGAACAAGGAAAGUCCUUUUCAACGGUUCCCGACAUGGAUGUGGAGGAACCGCGAAAUGCAAGACUUGGUCCAUUGGAUGAGGGACCAUAACGAGGGUUUGCCCUCAGAGGAGAAGGCGGGCGUGUAUGGAUUGGAUCUGUACUCAAUGGGAUCGAGUAUGAGUUCGGUGAUUGAGUACUUGCAGAAUAUCGACCCCGAAAUGGCCAAGGAGGCAAGAGAACGAUAUGCUGGACUGCAGCGCUGGGUUAACAGAGAACACCAGUAUGGACGCAAAAUGCUCCAGAGCAAAUACGCAGAGCACCUCAAGUCCUGUGAGGAAGAUGUCAUCAAGCUGCUCCUAGAUCUGCUGCGCAAAAGAUUGGAGUACUCGGCCAAAAUCAACGACGGUGAGAGGUUCCACAGCGCCGAGCAGAAUGCGGUGCUGGUGGCGGAUGCGGAGGCGUACUAUCGCAAAAUGUACUAUAGUGAUGCCGCCAGCUGGAACCUGAGGGAUCUGCAUAUGUUCGGCGCGUUGAAGCGCCUGCUUGACUUCCGGAAAUGCAAGACGGUGGUAUGGGCUCAUAACAGCCACCUCGGGGACGCGCGAUACACCGACAUGGGCGCGCAGCGGGAAGAACUCAAUCUCGGUCAGCUCUGUCGCGAGAAUCUAUCCGACGUGGUCCUCGUAGGCUGCGGCACACACGAAGGCACAGUAGCUGCCGCACACGAGUGGGGUGGUGAUAUGCAGAUCAUGAACGUCAAUCCGUCGCUGGAGGACAGCUGGGAAUAUGUGGCCCACAGCACCAAGCUCUCGAGAUUUCUGCUCGACAUGCGCAAGAUACAUUGUGACGACAAUACGCGCAGAACCCUCUCGAUCAACCGGCUUGAACGAUUCAUCGGCGUCAUCUAUCGUCCAAAGACUGAGCUGUGGAGUCAUUACAGCCGAUCCAGGUUGUCCAAGCAGUUCGACGCGUAUAUGUUCUUCGAUAGGACGCACGCGGUCGGAGCGCUGGAAAAGACACAGCCCAAUACAGCUCUGCUUGAGGCGGAGACUUAUCCGUUUGGUGUGUGA